AUGCGGUUGCCAUUUAUGCUUGAUAAAUGUCUGUCAAUAUGCACUAGCACUGCUCUAUACAAACAGUUUGAAACCCCAAAAACCCUCUCUGUAGAUCGGAGUCCAAAUUUGAAUUUCAAAACAAUAGUAACAAGGCGUGUUAACUUGGACUGGUGGCAUAAGAUACGCAGCAGCGCAGUCAAGGAAGGGUCUGUAUGGGCCAAAGGAAUCAACGCUCUAAAGAAGCUUCGAGAAUGGUCGGAGAUCGUGGCCGGACCAAGAUGGAAGACUUUCAUUCGAAGGUUCAAUCGGAACAAAAGCGGGAGAAUUAAUGCUAAAUUCCAAUAUGACCCUCUGAGUUACUCACUCAACUUCGAUGAAGGGCCUGGGAAUAACAAAGAGGAGGAAGAAGAGUAUGUGCUCCGGAAUUUCUCCACGAGAUACGCUUCAGCUUCAAUUUCGCCACCUGCUAAGGUAUCCAUGGACCUCGGCAAAGAUGGGCCCAGUUUCGUUUGA